CGCCGGAGCCAUGGGGCGCUACUCGGGCAAGACGUGUCGCCUGAGCUUCAUGUUGGUGCUGACGGCGGGCUUCUUCGUGGCCGAGAUAGUGUCGGGCUACAUGGGCAACUCCAUCGCGCUGGUGUCGGACUCGUUCAACAUGUUGUCCGACCUGAUCGCGCUUUGCGUGGGCCUCUCCACCGGGCGCAUCUCCCGCCGCCGCCGCCGCAGCCCCAGAGCCUCCUUCGGCUACGGCCGCGCCGAGGUGGUGGGCGCUCUCAGCAACGCCGUCUUCCUGGCCGCCCUCUCCUUCACCAUCCUGGUGGAGGCGCUGCAGCGGCUGGCGCGCCCCGAGCCCAUCAGCGACCCCUUCCUCAUCCUGGUGGUGGGCGCGCUCGGCCUGGCCGUCAACCUCGUGGGGCUGCUGGUCUUCCAGGACUGGGCCGCCUGCUGCCCCUCUUGCUGCUGCCCUGCCCGGGGCCCGGCGCCGCCCUCCGGCCUCGAAGAUGAGCCUCCCCGCGAAGCCCCCGGUUCCCACGCCUUUGAGGGCCUCUCCGGAGGGGCAAACCGCGACCGCGAGGGGGCAGCGGAGGCCCCCAGCAUGCACGAAGCAGGUGACACCUUAAAUACCCAGAAAAAGCCUGAAGAAGUGGUGAUAAAGAGAAAAGAGAAAAAGUCCGAAGCCUUGAAUAUCAGAGGUGUUCUUUUGCAUGUGAUGGGAGAUGCCCUUGGGUCAGUUAUUGUUGUGGUUGCUGCAUCAAUAUUCUAUGCGCUUCCUCUGGAUGAGAAGACUCCGUGUAACUGGCAGUGCUACAUUGAUCCUAGCCUCACCAUCAUUAUGGUAAUCAUAAUUCUGUCUUCAGCCUUCCCACUUAUCAAGGAGACAGCAAUAAUCUUGUUGCAGAUGGUUCCCAAGAAUGUCAAUAUGCAAAUUCUGGCGGAAAAGCUAUCGCAAGUGCCAGGUGUUAGCAGCAUUCAUGAGGUGCACGUCUGGGAGCUCGUCAGCGGGAAGAACAUUGCCACCCUCCACAUCAAAUGUCACACCUCUUCUGAUUAUCAAGAUGCAUCUUACAAAAUGAGGGAGGUGUUCCAUGAAGCCGGGGUCCAUUCAGUGACCAUCCAGCCAGAGUACACAGACCACAAGAGUCCUGAGCUCCUGUGCAGUGCCCCGUGUAUCUCCAAAGCUUGCGAUCCCCAGUUGUGUUGUAGCCAGCAGGAAGCAACCCUUGUCCAAACAGUGAACAACUACAAUGAGAAAAAUGGCAGCAUAACACCAUCACUCCAGAAAGCCUUCUAUAAAAAAGAUGCAGUGGAAAUUCCUGUUGAACCCAUGUGGGCAGAAGAUGUUGUCAAAAAGGACAGGCUUAAAAAAGAUGCCUUCAAAGAAACCAAUGAUAGCAAACCAUAUGUAUGUAGUACACGAUUUUAGACCAUUCAGCUUGUGUUUUGCAUCCAGUUAAGGGCAAAAUCUCCUUUGGACAAAGCCUAUAUGUCUAAAUAGCAGGUGACUGUUGGCAUUGCUUGCAGUAGUCAUGGGAAACAGUGUUUGAUAGCUGGGUAGCAGACAUAAUGAACAAACCCUGAUACCAUGGCGAGUAUUUUAGGCUUGAAUCAAAACAUCCUGCAAUGUGAGCAGAAGGUGCUUUCACUUGUACAGGGGGGAAUGUCAUUGGUUUUCCUUCGGUCUGCAGUUCCCUGUUCUCCCUGCAAAGCUGCUGCAGUGUUCAGGGUCCCCUUACCCUUUUAAUCCAGUUUUUUGGGAGGAAGGGCCCCUGGGGGACCACUCCCAUACAAGCAGAAAUUUUUCUGGUCAUGCUGUGGGAUAUUUGGGUCUAAGGACUUCUUUGUUUCCUCCAAAUAUGUCCAGUGUAGUUUUAAUUUAUAGUUUGUUGACCCAGUUUAGUGCUUUUUUCUCUCUAUGAAUGAUCUCUGGAUCCUCAUCUUCUAGGCGUAAAAGGCUGUGGUCCUCUGAUCUUACUGAGAUGGUUUGCCAAUUGCAAACCUUUUAGUGAUCUCACAAUUGUACAACUUGAACUACUGUUUUGUUUUGAAGGAAAAUCGGUAGUAGAAGAUUCACUGUGGCUUUACAAAAAACCUCUGUUUACUUGAAGUCAAAUGUGGAUGAAAUAAAGAGAGGAAGGCUAAGGGGGUUCAUGAAUUUAUAGAACAGAGGGAACAUGGGCGGUGGGGGGGAAAGCGGGGCAUGGUAACAUUGGCCUCUCAUCAUCAUCAGCCAGCAUGAUGGAGAAGCACAGCCCAUAUGGCUGCCUGUAUUCUCUAAAUGGGGUAAUAUCAGCGUGUGCUGUCUGCCUGCUGGACCGGUCAGCAUGCACCUUUGCAGAGACUGCCCUCACAAAUGGAAAAUGAUGGUAUUGUGCCAGGGUCAAAGAAGAUGUUCAUUGAAUUCUCUCUGCUUAUUAUAUUUACUAGCAAAUAGUAAAUACUUUUUACCACAGUUACUGUAAGAGGUGCUGCUUUCUCCCUACAAGUGAUUGAAAUAACUUUUAUGGGUUUAAUUCGCCAUGUGAGAUGGAAAUUUAUGUGAUUUCUCCAAGUAAUAAAAUCUUAACUUUGUCAUUUAUGUUAAAUCAAUAAGUUAAAUCAUGAACAGUUAAGAUAUUGGGGUUUUUCCAUUCUUUUCAAUGUGGUGCUAUCUAAUGUAUUUAUUGAAGCAUGGUGAUUCUUUCAAGUAAUUUAUAGAAUUUUAUUUUUAAAUAGUUUCUUCCUGACAUGGUGGAAUUCAUUGAAGGAUUGUAACUUCUCAGCCCAUUUUAUGCCACAAUCGCAUUUGAUAGUAAGGCCCACUGAUUUCUUAUUUUACCAAACUGACUCUUAUCCUGUAACUUCUUAAAACUCCAAGAAUGGCCCUUGUUUCAGAAUGCUGAUAGGUUGUAACCUUCUGAAACUUUGAUAUGGCAGCCCAAAGAUCAGGGAUUGUAUUGCUGCUAUAAAUCAAGCCAGCCAGACUUAAUGAAUUUUAUCCAUGAAUUUUGAUAAUGAAUUUUAUCUGGCUUUAAAGCAGAGCAAAAUACAAUGGCUAUAGAUUGAAUCAGCACAGGACUAUGCCACAGUCUUGAGAGUGGUAGUACUCUAUACUGUUAUUUUUGCACAAAAUUAAAACCCACAGUUUUAGGUGUGAAGAGAGAACUGCCUUGUGGGUGAUGAACUGAAGGCGCAAUCCACCAGAGCAGUGCUGCUGCUCACCUUUCAUUGGUUCCUUGAAAGCCCCAUUGAAACUAUUGCUUACAUAUUCUGCUUGUAUAUUUCUCUGAAUUUAUAUAUUUUUGUAGCCUAAUUUGAGAUGGUUUCUGUGUAUUUAGUUUGCCUACAGUUGUAACAUUACCUUGAAUGUAUUGUCGAUGGUUGUUGUGGGUUUUCCGGGCUGUAUUGCCGUGGUCUUGGCAUUGUAGUUCCUGACGUUUCCUUGAAUGUUACCUUGAAUGUUUUUUAUAUGUAAGCCAUCUAUUUAUAUUGUCUUGAAUAGAAAUAUAUUCUCCUAAAUAUGGCAAUCCAAUUCUUAGACUGAACAAAUUCUUAACUGAAGUUUGUUUAAAUAUCUUCAAAUAGGUGAUCAUUUGGGUUUUAGGGAGCUGAUAAAUCUAAUUUUAAUUUCCAAAAUGUAUACAACAAAUAAACAAUAAUAUCCCUUGUUUAGAAAUGUGACCUAUAUUCUUUCUGUAAGAUUUUUUUAAAAAAAAUGUUUGCUCAGGCCCUUUCACAACUGCAUUUUGUAAUCAAACUGUAUAGUGAAGUCAAUCACAAGCAUUUUGCCUUAAGUUCUAUACGUUUAUAAGUAAAAGUGUAUGAGUAAAAUUUAGAGAUAUCUUUGUGAAUGAAAACAGUUGUGAUUUGCCGUAUCUGUUCAGUACCAGAUCAGAUUCAAGGUUCUGGUAUUGACCUAUAAGGCCCUGUGUGGACUGGGACCAGCGUAUCUACGGGACCGUCUCUCCCCAUAUAUUCCCCAGAGGACACUCCGAUCAGGGGACAAACAGCUGUUGGUGGUCCCUGGCCCCAAGGAGGCCCGCCUAGCCUCGACUACAGCCAGGGCCUUUUCGGUCCUGGCUCCCACCUGGUGGAAUGCUCUGUCUGCUGACAUCAGGGCCCGGCAGGACUUACUAUCGUUUCGCCUGGACUGCUAGACAGAGUUGCUCCGCCAGGCAUAUGGCUGAGGCUGGGCCUCUGCCUGCCUGGAAAAAAAGGGGUGUAUAAAACCCUCCCUGUGAAGGCUGUCCACCAUCUUGUUUUAAAUGUGUUGUUUUUAAUGAAUAUGAAUUUUUAACUCUAUUUUAAUUGUAUUUUAAUAUGUUGUUAUCCAUCCUGAGCCCACUUACAGGGAGGGUGGAAUACAAAUUUGAAAUAAAUAAAAUAAAAUAAAUAAAUAUUUUGUAGGAACAUGAUAACAUGAAAAUGUGAAAUUUAGCUUUAAAAGUUCCACAUUUGAACACCCAGUUCAGCCUACAGGACCACUUCCUUGCCUCAGAAAGGAUUUACACUGCCUAUAUAUAUUGUCCAAUAUGGGAAUUAGUGUAUCGUGUGUCAUAAUACAGGGAUCUAUUCUGUUUUGACUCUGGCUCCAAACUUUAUGUGCUGCUUUGCUGGCCCAGUCGCUAAUGGGAUUGGUCUGUUUACGAUACAUAAUUCUGCUCUACAGAACUGUUUUGCAGGUCUCUUUAUAAACUUGCUGUACUGUUGGGCCUGGGGCUACCUUUCCAUUUCAUAAAGAAAAACAAAAAAAGAAUUGUGUGGCACCUUAAGGAUGAACAAAUGAACCUCUUUAGAAUUUGUAAGCAUUAGGAAGGGACUUGUGCAGAGGUUUGCCUUUUGCCAUUAUGAUUGUCUAAAAACUAGCUUUGAAAUUUGGGAACAUUUCUAAUCUAAUUGUAGGCAUGGCUGCUAGAUUUUUUCUUUUUUUAGGAGAUGGUUGUGGCUACUGGCUACUAUUAUUAAUGAGGUUGUGCUCUUACCUAUUUCACUACGUAAUAUGGCUUUGAUCCUGGACCCAUAGAUUGAAGUAAUCAAUGGUGAAGAAGGCAAUUUGAUUGGUGUACAUUUAGAUCUUCUAUUUUCUUGCAAGAAUGAUUGUCCAGGAAAAUUUUCAAUGAACUGGUCUGCUUCAUGGUAAUAAAGAUUGCCACAGGCCUCCUUUUGACCUUUUUUCAAAUGGCUGAAUAUUCUGCAAGCAUUGCAUAGUGGUUAAGAGAAUUAGAUUAGGAUCUGCGAGUCCCAGGUUUAAAUCCCCUUUCUGCCAUGGAAGUUUGCUGGGUGUUCUUGGGUGAGUUACUUCCUCUCAGCCUAACCUACCCUAACCUACCUCACAUGGUUGUUGUGUGAGUAAACUGGAGGAGGGGAGAAUGUUGUAAGCUGCUUUGCCCCCCCAAUGGGGAGAAAAGUAUAAUAUAAGCCAUGAUACAGUAGAGUCAUGAGAAAAUCAGCAUAGAGUUUGGUCAUUAAUGUUGGAAUGUGAAAAUCCAAAACCUGUCACCAUCGUGCCCCCAGAGCACUCAGAAGGUUUCUAUAGUCUGCAAAAUUGUACAGCCACAAUCCACCAAAGAGUUUUAGCUCUCUAUUUGAAUUGUGGUGGCCAUGUCUGAAUUAGAGAGGCUGAUGAACCCUUCGUAAAUGGCCAUGUAUAAUCUUGAGAAUGGGAUAAUUUUUGAGAGCUUCACUCUACUAAAGUUGAUGUUACAACUUAUGAAGUUACAUAGUUGUUAAUCCUGGGUGAAUUCAGUGGUAUUUCAGAAAUCUUAUUCUACCAGUCGUGGAAAACUUUGAAUUGUAAAUAUGCUUUUUUUUUUAAGCCACCAGUGUGAAAUUUUAUUAUGUACAUUGUAUUUGUUGAAGAAAAGAAUGUUUAAU